AUGAGCUGAAUGUCCGAACGGAGACUCUCGACUCCGACUACCAAGAGGAGACGAGGAAUGUGGCGGAGAUAUAUUGAUUUCAUGUGACUAUUUAAAGUGUUUCGGAACGUCUAAUCACAUGCAUCUUGCUCCUUCUCACCCAACUUCCUUUUCGAUGUACAAAUCUAACAAGCCACCGUUUUAAAUCCACAAAAAAUAUACAUUAAAGUAUUUCUUAAUUGGAAAAAACUGUUCUUUCUAAGUGGGAUUCAUUUCCCAAAAGAGAAAUUUGUUAAAAGUUUCACUUUUUCCAUAGAAAUCUGCCAUUCCCAAAGCUCUUUGGGAUUUGGGAUUUGGUGUGGUUCAGCAGCAACAUCGCAGAGAGUAAGAUCAAUCUUUUGCUCUUCAAUGUUGCACUCUACAGCUUCGUUUUCCAUUUACACUGAUGAUGAAAAUCAAGAACAAAUCAUGGGGUUAGAAGCGUUUGAGAAGGGUGUUAUGAUUGAAGUGAACAAAGAAGAAGUUCUGGGUAGUACUGGUCAUGAUUUCAGUUUUUCUGAAAGGGCUAUGGGGUUGAUUCAAGAGGAAGAAAUGGAAGAUGAAGAUGGUCUAAACCGGGGUUUUGACGACAGUGAGGUUAACCUUAGACCCGCGAGUCCUCCGCUCUAUUUAGCGGCGGGUCUUGGAAUGGAUGCAUCUGGUCUUGGGGGUGGGUAUGAUUCUGUUGAUUUCUUUGACGAGAAGAUGGUGGAUGAGACGCCCUCAAUCCAUCCUUCGUUGUCUCUUAGGGACUAUGUGCAGUCUUUAUGGUCCGAGGGAAAACUUGAUGAAGCUGAGGAACAGUGCUAUCAAGCUACAAUAACAUUUCCUGAAGAUGGUGAAACUCUGAUGCUAUAUGCUCAGUUGGUUUGGGAACUCCAUCACGAUCAAGCUAAAGCUUCAAGUUACUUUGAACGUGCAGCUCUUGUUGCUCCAAAUAACAGCAAUAUUCUUGCAGCACGAGCUAAAUUCCUGUGGGAACUGAAUGAGGAGGAUGAGACUAUGAUACCAGGUGAAGAAGACAGCAACCCCGUUGAUAGUUCAUCCCCUGAAGAAAGAAUUGAACCGGCACCUGACACGGGUGAGAGUGAUAUGCAGGAGUAUUAUGAGAAGAUGCUGAAGGAGAACCCUACUGAUCCAUUGCUUCUGAAAAACUACGCACGGUUCUUGCAACAGUCCAAAGUAGACCUCCAAGGAGCAGAGGAAUACUACUACCGUGGCAUCCAAGCAGACCCAAGCGAUGGGGAAUUGCUAUCAGAAUAUGCAAAACUGGUGUGGGAGCUUCAUCAUGACUACAAUAAAGCAUUAAAUAACUUCGAGAGAGCAGUUGAAACCUCCCCUACAAACAGCUAUGUUCUUGGAGCUUAUGCAAGCUUCCUUUGGGAGACGGACGAACACGAGGAAGAUGGGGCAAGCAAAAAUGACUCUCAAUGGCCUUCAAACACCGUGGCAGUUUCUGUAGGAAAUGCUUGAAUUUUAAUAAACAAAACAUAGCCAACGAUAAAUGUAUAAAGUGAUGCACUUGAAGCAAAUAAUAUUGUUCUAGUUUUACCAUACAAACCAUUAAUAACUCUGAAUCAUAAUAAGCUUCAGAAAGUUGGUGUUAUUUGAAUCAGAAAUUGUUGCUUUGAUCAACAAUAAGCUAGUGCAUAUAUUCUGAAUA